AUGGACUCCGCUCAAAGACAAGUCGCAAUGGAACAAAGGCGUUGAAACAAACUCGACGGUAUGCUGCUAGAGGUUGAGGGGACGUUUAGAACAUUCAUGGACAACUUUGCCAAGCGGGCCAACAUGCAACGUUUGUUCGCAAAUAACCGACAAGCUCGAAGCGCGGGGCAGCUGACCAAGCCGGCCACGGUUGCUGUCCCGUUCUCUAUAGUCUCGGCAAUAUUUUCGAUGGGAGGAGAUUUCGCUGCGGGGGAGAGACUCUUCUGGGUCUACUGGGGCGUUUCCCUUCCAGUGACUGGGCUCUUGUUGGCCUGGAUCAUCUUUUCGGUCGAGACUUCCGAAUGUAGGAAAGGGGUUGAGAAUUAUCUCAAGAAGACAUGGCCCAAGAGGACGAAGGGGAACCACCACUGCGAAAAUUGCACGUGCAACAAAGGUUCCGAUCAGAAAGUGUAAUCACGUAAACUCAAAACGGAGGAGUCUGAGGUUGCAUUCCACAUUCUUAUCUCACUUUAGACUCCGAAUGCAUAUAUUCGUAAGGAUAUGAUCGCUUAAAAACGUAUUUAGGACCGAG